AUGCUUGUUCAGCACCAACAACCAGUUGCUCUCCCAACAUCACCACCAACUGCUUCUUCUGCAACUUCAGAAUAUCUAGAUUACCCUUACAAUGCUCAUAUCCCUUCACCUGCAGCUGUUCAGCUACGAUCCAAACCGGUAGAUGUCGACUCUCUGCCACCAAGAACGAAGCCAACAAUCACUAUUCGACCAGCAACACUCGCCGACGCACCGGCAAUUGCACGGUUGGGUUCAACUGUCUUCUCGACGGCCUUUGGCUUCAGUAUUCCCACAAACGAUCUGAACGCCUACCUGACCGAGGCGUACAGUGUUGAGACUAUCGAAGAGUACAUUCGGUGUGCGACGAAGCAUAUUCUCGUUGCAUGCUCCAAUAACUCCUCCAUUUCCAACGCCCCAACAGUCGAUGGUGACGCCGACUGCGGGCAGGAGGAAAUCAUCGGCUUCGCCCAACUGUCAGAAGGCACCUCAGAGCCCUGCAUUUCCGAUAUCAAGUCCGUGGUUGAACUGCAGCGCUUGUACGUCUCGACAAGAUUCCAUGGUAAUGGAGUCGGAAAGCUCCUGGCGAGCCAAAUCGAAUGCAUAGCCAGGCGUCUGGGUUACAAGAGAUUGUGGUUGGGUGUCUGGGAAGGAAACUUCCGGGCCCAGAAGAUCUACGAAGGAUGGGGGUUUGUGAAAGUCGGGGACCGUGAAUUCAAGAUGGGCAAAUGCAUUCAGAUAGGUUGGAUCAUGUUGAAGGAUUUGUGA